AUACUUUAUUGUACAAAGAAAAAUUACCGAAUAUCGGCGACAAACUCAAGGAUGGCAUUGGUCAAAGUUGUCGCCUAUCAACAAUUACACGAAAAUUCCCCAUAAUUGAAUGGUUGCCAAAAUAUGAGGCCAAUUUUUUGUUACAAGAUUUUAUAGCGGGAUUUACGGUGGGCCUGACAACAAUACCGCAAGCAAUAGCAUAUGGUGUCGUGGCUGGCCUUGAACCUCAAUAUGGAUUGUAUUCGGCAUUUAUGGGUUGUUUUGCCUAUAUUAUUUUCGGUUCGUGUAAAGAUGUUACAAUUGCAACCACUGCCAUUAUGGCAUUGAUGGUCCAUCAGUAUGCCAUCUUGAGUCCGGAUUAUGCUGUUCUCGUGUGUUUCUUGGCUGGCUGUUUGAUAUUGCUGAUGGGUCUUUUGAAUUUGGGUGUUUUGGUGAGAUUUAUUUCAAUUCCGGUGAUAACAGGUUUUACCAUAGCAGCUGCUACCACCAUUGGAAGUGCCCAAAUCAAUAAUCUUUUUGGAAUGAAAAGCCCCUCAAAUGAACUGAUAUCCGCAUGGAAACAUUUCUUUACCCAUUUGAAUGAAAUCGGUUGGAAUGAUGCUGGUCUGGGAGUAACAUCUUUAAUAUUUUUGCUGCUUAUGAAGAAAACCAAAGAUAUUCCCUAUGGCAAUCGUGUGUUUUGGAAAUAUUUGUCGCUGUCACGCAAUGCCUUGGCAGUAAUAAUUGGUACCUCAUUGGCCUAUGGGCUGAGUCGUGAUGGCUACCAACCAUUUCGAGUGACUGGAAAUAUAACAGCCGGAUUGCCACCCUUUCGGCCGCCACCAUUCCACACCAUUGUGAAUGGUACCGAAGUUAGUUUUGGUGAAAUGCUAAAUAAUAUUGGAGCCUCAUUGGCCUCAAUACCAUUGGUGGCGAUUUUGGAAAUUGUGGCCAUAUCGAAGGCGUUUUCAAAGGGUAAAAUUGUCAAUGCCUCCCAGGAAAUGGUGGCUUUGGGUAUGUGUAACAUUAUGGGUAGUUUUGUUUCAUCGAUGCCCGUGACGGGCUCUUUUACCCGUACUGCCGUGAAUAAUGCCAGUGGUGUUAAGACCCCCUUGGGUGGAGCUGUUACCGGGGCUUUGGUUCUCAUGGCCUUGGCCUUUCUUACACAGACUUUUUACUAUAUACCCAAAGCAACAUUGGCCUCGAUUAUUAUUGCUGCCAUGAUUUCGUUAAUGGAAUUCGAUAAAGUUCGUGACACGUGGAGAUCGAAAAAAAAGGACCUCUUCCCCUUUGUGGCCACACUGAUACCCUGCCUAUUUUGGAGUUUGGAAUAUGGCAUUUUGUGCGGCAUGGUGGCAAAUAUUUCGUAUAUCUUGUAUAGCAGUGCUAAACCUCAAAUGAAAUUGUAUAUUGAAAAGAUUUCCGAUUACGAAGUUGGUGUAGUUGAUGUCAAACAAAAGCUGGAUUUCGCCUCGGCAGAAUAUUUGAAAGAAAAGGUUGUGAAAUUUGUGAAUCUCAAUACGGUGAAUUUGAUUGUGAUUUCGGGUCAGGAAAUCAAUUCUAUUGAUUAUACCGUGGCAAUGAACCUAAUAACACUGCAUGAAGAUUUGAAAAUUCUGAAAUGUGAUCUGAUCUGUUGGAAUUGGAAUAUAUCGUCGGCUGGUGUGGUCUGCCGUUUGAAAAGUGAAAUGCGUGAAAUAUUCCGCUUUGAAAAGUCCUUAGAAGAAGUUAUUGCCAAAUAUCAACAAUCACAUUCCAAUAAUGUAUCUGAAAAUAGUGUCUACACUUUAGCGUAA